AACAUUUCUCACAAAGUGAUUGGCUGAAAGGUUGCACUUGUCACUAUGUGUUGUCCUGCAGCUCUUAUGUUCUAUCACUCGGUUAGAUGAUCCUGUCAGGUCUAUGUUCCUGCUUGAAGGUGGUUGGAUACUCAACAUUAUAUCAACUGCAGUGGACCAGAGACAGUGCUCAGAGAGGUACCAGGUGAAGUCACACAUCAGAGCUACUAACCAACUACUUGUCAGUACAGUUGGAAUCAUACAGUAGAUAUUACCAUUACAAGUCAGUUAGAAAGGUUAUCAAACAGUUAGUUAAGAUGGAUGACUACGUCAACAAAGAGGUUGUUGAAAUUGACAAGGUUAUUGAAGAAAACCAGAAUGGAGCAAUGAGGAGAGUGACAACUGAGACACAUCCCUCAGGACCUGACGGUUCAGGGAUAAGACUCUACGGGAUGGUUGCUGUAAGCUUUGGGAUGCUGUGUGUUCUACAAGUCGCUCUCAACAUCUCCCAUCGACUAGAAUACUGUCUGACUGAAGAGAGAGACCAGCAACAGAGGGAGAAAGAUGAUUUUAUGGAAAAGUUCUCUAAUCCGGGUGAGUUUAUCUAAUACAUGAUCAUAAUAUUAAUUGUACAUGUUCAAUAUGCACAGGGCCGUAGCAACAUGAGGACAUUGAGGUGCUGACCUCAGUAACUGUUUCUAAUGAGAAACUUGAAUCAAAUAGAUUCUUAAUUUGACUGAGUUCUAAUCGCUCCUCUUUGUAAAUGAGUGGAAUCAAGAAAAGUGGCUUGUUUGUUCAGUUUGCCAGUCAACCCGCUUCGCGUUCCUAGGAAACUAUGCAGUAUUUAGUUUUUUU